UUUAUGGAUUCAAGUGGGUUCUCAUCUCCGAGGUCCGGUUCGUUCCCAGCAGGUCUUCGGGUUCUUGUUGUGGAAGAUGAUCCGACGUGCUUGAAGAUUGUUGAGAAAAUGCUCAAGAAAUGCAACUAUGAUGUAACGACAUGUAAAUUAACGCAAGAGGCACUGGACCUGCUUCAGGCACGAAAAGAUGGAUUUGACAUUGUAAUAUCUGAUGUGAACAUGCCCGACAUGGAUGGUUUCAAGCUUCUAGAGCACGUUGGUGGGAAAAUGGAUCUUCCUGUGAUAAUGAUGUCCGUUGAUGGAACAACAAGCAGGGUGAUGAAAGGGAUUCAAGAUGGUGCUUGUGAUUAUCUUCUCAAGCCACUAAGAAUAAAAGAGCUUCAGAACAUAUGGCAACAUGUGAUCCGAAAAAGGAUGCACGGGGCUAGAGAUACUGAAGGCCAAGAAAGCCUUGAUGUAACUCAGAUGACAAGAAAUGGAAAACAGCCAUCUAAUGAUCAUUGCUCAUUUAGCAGAUGUAUUGUUUCUGGAAAGAAAAGAAAAGGUGUUGAAAACAAGUGCCAUGAUGGAGAAUAUGGUGAUCCUUCCUCCAAGAAGAAACCCAGGUUGUUUUGGGACAUGGAUCUUCAUCAGAAGUUUGAGAAAGCUGUGCAUCAGAUUGGAUUAAACAAAGUUGGCCCUAAGAAAAUACUCGAGUUGAUGGGAGUACCAAGCCUAACGAGAGAAAACGUUGCCAGUCACUUGCAGAAGUAUCGUCUCUAUUUGAGCCGGAUGCAGGAAGAAAACAAGCUAAAAGCGGUAUCUGGAGGGCUAAAGUUCUCAGAUAUCUAUUCUAAGGAGCCUGCUGGAAAUGUUUGCCUUCAAAGUUCAAUUAGUCGGAACUCACUCACCGUGCCACAAAAUGUUGUAUAUGUUCAUGAAAAGGAGAUUAUGAUCCAUAAUCAUGAUGCAAAAAUCUGCAAUGCAAAUGUGAAAGGAGUUCUUUCAGUAGCGACAGAACCCAAGACAGCAUUAUCAGCAGACAUGACUGAUACUCCAUUGAGCAGUAACCUAAGGAUGAGUUCUAAUCACUCUUUUGGACCAUUGCCUUCAGAAGUAAGACCUGAAUCCAAGAUCGACGCUCAGUACUCUUGGAGUGGGGGAGUUCCUUCAUUUCAAUUCAAACAAGAAACCAGACCACAUUUUCAGUCAGAGCAAUUGUUUGAUCACCUCCCACUUCCUAUGCCUCAGCUCCAAGCUGAUUCUGUCUCCCACAAUUCUACAUCUUCGAGCAGAGAAACAGAUAAACCUAUAGAACCGAACAUCAACCUUUACUAUGCCCAAAACCGAAGCCAUGUCAAAGUCGAAAAUUCAGCUGCCUUGUUUUCUGUUCAACCGGAGCCUUUUCCAUGUUCUGUGUGGGGCACAACGAACUACAGCUUGGAACAGAAUCUGUAUGAUAAUAUGGAAUCUUCCCAGAAGAACUUGAUUGCUGGAAUUGGAUCAGCUCUUAGGUUGUCAGAUGAGGAGUUCAUCAGUUAUCAAAACGACUUUUCUCCACCGGAUCCGGGACUUGUUAAUACAGAAUCAGUUGAUUUCAGUAAUCAAGGGCUCAUUGUUGAUGCUCCAUAUUUUCAUAAUUCAGUGAAUUUUUAG